AUGGCCCGGCGCGAGGACGAGGUGGCCUCGCAGGAGCAGGCRCCCGGCGCGGCCCUGGCGGCCGCCCUGCUGGACAGUGCCCAGCUCCCAGGUGGCAGCCCCGGGCUCCGUCGCGCUUCCUGGCGGCUGCAGGGCAGCGAGGGCGGCGGGAGCCGCGGCAGCCGGGGCUCAGGGAGCUGGUCCCGCGCCUGCGCCCGCCUCUCCAUCGGCGCCGGCAGCACCCGGAGGAAGGAGCUGAAGGAAAUUCUCCUGCAGAGCAAUGGCCCCGGCAGCGGCGCGUGGCUGGCAGCCGCCCAGCGCCUCGGCGACCUGUCCGUGGGGCCACUGCCGCCACCYGAGCCCAGCGCCGAGGUGCUGUCGCUGGCACUGGACCCGCUGGAGCACGAGUGGCUGCUGGUGGCGGCGCAGGGCGACGAGGAGGGCAUCCUGCGGCUGCUGGACAUGGACCCCGGGCUGCUGGCCCGCAGGGACUUCGUGACGGGCUUCACGGCGCUGCACUGGCUGGCCAAGCACGGGCGCCACGAGAGCCUCAUCAGGGCGGUGGCGCUGGCGCAGAGCCGGGGCUGCGCGGUGGACGUGAACGUGGCGGCGGGCAGCGGCGGGCUCACGCCRCUGCACCUCGCCGCCCUGCAGGGCCACGAGAUGCUCAUCAAGGUGCUGGUGGGCGCCUACGGGGCCGACGCCGCCCGCCGCGACCACAGCGGGCGCAAGGCCUGGCAGUACCUGCCCGCCACCGCCUCGCGGGAGCUGAAGGAGCUGGCGGGGGCGCUGGAGGAGGACCUGCUGCCGCCGGGCGCCCACAACGCCAACAACAACUGUAAGUCGUCCCGCGAGGCCGGGCCAGGCGCCGAGCCCGGCGCCCAGGGGGGCGCGCGGCCGCCCCGGCGGCUGCCCAGCCUGCGCGGCUUCGUCCGGCAGGCGCUCGCCUUCUUCCAGGAGCGCUGA